AUGAGCGACCGACUGAGGGAUGGCCAAGAGAAAGCGUAUCAAAUAAAAAUCGAUGCGACAAGCGGCACAAAUGACAACUACUCAUUAAACGGUCAAGGGAUCGCCUUUCAGUGCUUUAAAGAGAAGAAUAUCGAGGAGAAAAAGCAGCUGGCGGGUGGCGGAUUCGCGAACACUUAUGUGUGUCGUUUUAAAAAUUCGAGAUUCCUCGUCGUUCUCAAGGAACCGAAACGAAGCGAUUCGCAUGAUCACUGUGAAAUGAUGAGGAAUGAGUACAGGAAACAUUUGUAUGCCGGCGCGGCACAUCAGAAUAUUGUCAGGGCACUCGGCAAGAUGGAGUACGAGGAUGGGAAGAAUCUCGGAAUGGUAUUGGAGUACGUGCCGGAGGGGACAAUGGAGAAUGUGAUCUCAUUGUGGGACGGGAAAAAGACGCGCAUCUGCAUCUACUCCGUUCAUCACAUCAUCGCGUGGAUGAACGAUAUCGUGUCCGCGCUGGUGUACAUGCAUUCGAAUGAGCUGGCACAUUUGGAUUUAACGGCGAACAAUAUUCUGAUGCCGGACAAUUGGCGGAAAGCGAUCAUCGCCGAUUUCGGCAUAUCAAAAUUGCGCGGUAGGCGGUAUCCGAUGGAGAAAAGUGGAAAGCACAAUCAUCACACCGAAUGUCCUAGUGAUUAUGCGGCGCCGGAGGUGAAAAACGGCAAUGGUGAAUACAAGAGUGAUGUCUACAGUUUGGCGAUACUCCUCUGGAAACUCGUUUACCGGCAGCACAGGGCUUUCCCACCGGAACGUCUCAAUCCACUGAAUCGUCCGGAGUGUCCGGAUCUGAUUCCAGAACUGGAGAGUAUCCUGAAAAACUGCUGGGCUCAUGAUCCGAAAAAUCGUUGGACUUCCGGAGUACUCUAUCAAAAAGUUCAUGAUUUUAUGGAAAACCUCUUUCCGGAUACGAAUGACAAACCGAGAAAUGAGAUAAUCGAUCGCUUCGAUUUGAAAGCACCCGAGUGGAGAUCCGAUUACAUUGACGCUGAUCCGAGGGGUACUCGCAAAUCGCAUAAAAUCCACCCGCGUGAGAACAGCUAUGCGCCGAGAAGAGAAGAGCAAAGAUUCGAGAUAAGACCGGAGUACCUUCUACAACAAUACCAACAGCGAAACGAUCAGGAUGAUACCAACACUUAUCAAUCCUGGAAAGGAGACAAAAGAGCGGCGAAUUUCCCCUCAAAUUCCUCGAUUUCGGUGUCGCGAAGCGAUAGCUCGAUCGCCACCUCAUCCUCAUCCUCAACCAAUUUCUCUCAAAUGAUGUCAAGUAGCGAAAGUGAGAUGAGUGGAAUGUCAAGUUAUGGAGAAGAAGAGGAAGAAGGGGAAGAAGGAGAGGAAGAGGAAGAAGAGGAUGAUGAGACGAUUGGAUCGAGUGAAGAGAUAACAGAAGAAGAAGAUGGAAAAGAAGAGGAGAUGAGGAGGAUGAACGGGGGAGAGAAGAGGAAUCUGAAACUCCCAAAUCUCCUCAACGAACAAUACUAUUUGCGAGCAUUUCCAAUCUUACCCCAAAAAACCCCCACGAAUCCGCUCGUCGAGUUCACUGUGCAGCACGUAAACGAUCUAGCGUUAAAUAUCGCGGCGAUUGGCAACGUUCGCGGUAUCUAUUUGUCGUUGUUGACGGGGAUGAAUGAACGGAAAAGUGAGCACGACUCGUAUUUGACGAGAAUCUUCAAGCCCGAUCGGCAGAAAGAGGUUUUCCUUCACAUGAUGAAAUGGAACGCGAAACGGGAUCUCCUUGCCGCUUUAUACGAGUACAAGGAGUGCAAGAGAUUUCAAUUGGUCACAGCGAGAGUCAAUUUCAGACCCGAGCAACGUGACAAUCAGAAGAAACUGCUUCGCAAGGGUGGUUUCCGCUUCGAGGUA